GCGUCGCCGGAGCGCGGGCAGCUGCCCCGGCGCGCCCUGCCCGUCCCGGGAGCCGGCGAGGCCGGGUUAGGGCUGCGGGGCGCGGGAGUACUGCGGGGAGUACCGGCUGGAGUAGCGCGGGGGCGGCGGCCCAGCGCCCCGAAGUUUGCCGCGCCCGCUCGGGCGGCCGAGGUUUGUUUUCUUGAAAAGGCUCCAGGCUUCGGCUUGGAAAAUCCAACCGCCAAAAUUGAGCCCAGCAGCUGGAGCGGCAGCGAGAGCCCUGCCGAGAACAUGGAAAGGAUGAGCGACUCUGCAGAUAAGCCGAUUGACAACGAUGCGGAGGGCGUCUGGAGUCCUGAUAUUGAGCAGAGUUUCCAGGAGGCCCUGGCCAUCUAUCCGCCGUGUGGGAGGAGGAAAAUCAUCUUAUCAGACGAAGGCAAAAUGUAUGGUAGAAAUGAAUUGAUAGCCAGAUACAUCAAACUCAGGACGGGAAAGACAAGGACCAGGAAGCAGGUGUCUAGUCAUAUACAGGUCUUAGCAAGAAAGAAAGUUCGAGAAAUUCAAGCCGCCAUUAAGGUGUCUAGUCACAUUCAGGUUCUUGCCAGAAGGAAAUCUCGUGAUUUUCAUUCCAAGCUAAAGGAUCAGACUGCCAAGGACAAGGCCCUGCAGCACAUGGCUGCCAUGUCAUCGGCCCAGAUCGUCUCGGCCACCGCCAUCCACAACAAGCUGGGGCUGCCUGGGAUUCCACGCCCUGCCUUCCCGGGGGGUCCGGGGUUCUGGCCUGGGAUGAUACAGACAGGACAGCCAGGAUCCUCACAAGACGUCAAGCCCUUUGUGCAGCAGGCCUACCCCAUUCAGCCAGCCGUCACAGCCCCCAUUCCAGGGUUUGAGCCUGCGUCAGCCCCAGCCCCCUCAGUUCCUGCCUGGCAGGGCCGAUCCAUUGGCACAACCAAGCUUCGCCUGGUGGAAUUCUCAGCUUUCCUUGAACAGCAGAGAGACCCAGACUCAUACAACAAACACCUCUUUGUGCACAUCGGGCAUGCCAACCAUUCUUACAGUGACCCAUUGCUCGAAUCCGUGGACAUUCGUCAGAUAUAUGACAAAUUUCCUGAAAAGAAAGGUGGCUUGAAGGAGCUGUUUGGAAAGGGCCCUCAAAACGCUUUCUUCCUCGUCAAAUUCUGGGCGGACUUAAACUGCAACAUCCAAGACGACGCCGGGGCCUUUUACGGUGUGAGCAGUCAGUAUGAGAGUUCUGAAAACAUGACAGUUACCUGUUCCACCAAAGUGUGCUCCUUUGGGAAACAAGUAGUAGAAAAAGUAGAGACGGAGUAUGCGAGGUUCGAAAGUGGCCGAUUCGUGUACCGAAUAAACCGCUCGCCGAUGUGUGAAUACAUGAUCAACUUCAUCCACAAGCUCAAACACCUACCAGAGAAAUAUAUGAUGAACAGUGUUUUGGAAAACUUCACCAUAUUAUUGGUGGUAACAAACAGGGAUACACAAGAAACUCUCCUCUGCAUGGCCUGUGUAUUUGAAGUAUCGAAUAGUGACCAUGGAGCACAGCAUCAUAUCUACAGGCUUGUAAAGGACUGAACCUGGUUAUUUAUAUAGAGAGAUAUCUGUAUAUACACACACAUAUGUGCACACACACACUCUCCAUUAUUGAACGACUGACUGUAAACCUCACCACACAGGGUGCUACCCUGGCCCCCCAUCCAGGUCCCACCCUGACCUUUCUAAUCCUGUUCGAGUGAACUUAUUUUUUUUUCCAUGUGUUCAUGCUAUCAUUGUAGCUGUGAAGUUGUGAUGCAGUUUUUUGUGUAUUCCUCAGAUCUGCAACCCACAAUUCCUUGGGGAAGGUGAAUCUUACCAGCCUAAGCUAAGCCUCUCUGCAGACCUGUUUCCUGUUGUGGUAGAAAAUACUGAGACAGAGGAUUGGCCACGGGGCAUUGACUGCCUUUAUACAAAUGUAUUUAGUUCUUUUUGUGUUUUUUCCAACAUAAAAUUCUUGUUUUAAGAUACAAGUAAAAUUAAUCUUUAAAUAUAAAUGUAAAUUAGUACAGGAAAACUAAGAUUCUUUAGACUUAUCUUUGUAACUAAUUAGGGUGGAAGUUAUGGAAGAAUGUAAUUCACUAAAUUAUUUUUUAAAUGAAUUUUUCUUUCUUUUUAAAACCAAAUGUUAAACUAUAGCCUUAAGACAUACUUGGUUGAAAUAUCCUAAUGAGACAAAUUUGUACCUUCCCCCACCCCCAAGGUUAAAACUAAUACCCUAAUUCAUUAAACUCUUGAAACAGGUGUUACAAAGGAGGAAAACAUCACCCCUUAUCCUUAACAUAUAUAGUAUAUUUAAAAAUGUAAAAUUGUAUUGUACUAAUGUGAUAAUUCAUUAUUUAAUGAAAAAGAAAAGAUGGCUCUUUUUGCAAUAAGUAGAUAAUACUGAAACAAGUCUAAACUUACAAUGUUACAGUCUUGUGUGUGCAGUUACACUUUAUAUGGUCAACCAAAUUUUUUUAUGGAGACGAGUUCACAUUUGAACCACUGAAAUUUAAUAGCAAAUCUGAAAAUUGGCAUGAAUACUACUGCACUGUGAGUUGCAAAGGAUGCAGAAUCCUGUGGCUGGAAGGAAAUUGUCAUCAACCGAGCAAGCAGAAGGCUCAUCGGGCUUGGUGUCUCUGCUCCCCAGAAUGUCACUGUCACAAGCCUCCUCACUAGCCUGUGGAUAGGUUGUUGCUGGUAACGCAGUGUGCAUAGGAAGCAUCUGUGACUGUAGCUCUGUGUUCAUGCACAGGUGGACCUGCAGCUCUUCGAGCUCCUGUUUGUUGUCAGUUUGCUAGUUGCUUCUCACCUCUCUGCAUUAUAGACAUGGAUAUAUUUUCUCUAAGGGCAUCUGUCUGUAAGCCUCAGUGGCACUUUACGCAUAUUCUCUCUCUCUCUCUCUCUCUCUCUCUCUCUCUCUCUCUCUCUCUCUCCUUUUUAAGCAGAUUCCCUCAUUCUCUUACCAAGAGAAUAUCCCAAAGCAUUGCCCAGCAGAGUUGGUCUGAUGUGGCCAACCUCGGGUUACUUGCCUAAGUGCUUUUUCACUGGGAAGCAAGAAAGGUUACCCCUCCACUUCCCAAGAAGGUAAGAGGAAAGCAAGAGUUUCUUUACACACACUCACAUGUGUGAGCACACACAAACGUGUACACACAAACCAACUGUUAGGAAUAUGUAAACACAAUAGAAAUGAUACAAACUUUUUAUGUUUAAAAAAAAAAAGCAAAAAACAUGGCUUGUUUUUUGCACUAAGGCUAUAAAGCAAAAUUCUACAUCUACUAUGUCCAGGAGACACAUAUGCCUUUGCCCCAACAUCAGCUCUGACUGCUUAUAUUUUACAGCAUCUUUUGGUCCUCAGUGGGUGGGCGUGGCUGGCAUGUAGUUAAAGGAACCACACUGGAUUGACUGUCUCCUCCCAGCAGCAUCCUUCAUCCCUGGGAGGACCAGAGAAGAAUGUGCAAGAUCUUUCUAUUUGCAUUGUGCCUCCCUUAUGUAGGCCAAUGGGGCCCUGGUUCUCCUCAGGAGAACCGCCUAGGUUCCCUGUUUUAAGCCAGCUCUCAAAGGAAUGGCUAUCCUGAGUUUCACCUUUUAUCUGUCUGCAGACCAGGUGUUUAACAAUGUCUCCUGGAUAUGACAUUAAUUAAUCUUGCGGACAACCCUCUUAGGGAGGUUUCUUUAGCUUUGACUUCCUAUGUCUUUAUUCAAGAGGAACCCCCUGUAUCUUGAGACCAGGAGGAUAUGACUGAAUGGGUACAAAUGAUCUCCUGAGGCUAUAGGUCAUCUCAGAAUGUGAUGGGGGAGAGGCCUGCCGCUCAGGAGUAGAGCUGCCCCUCUGCACCACUAAGGCAGUGGGGACUUAUUUCCCAAGCACCAGCUAGAGUAUAGUGGUUGAUACUGGGUCACAGAGUCAGGGAAGCAUGUCUGUUCCCUCACUGUCUGUUCCUCUUCUUCCUAACACCUUUCUGGGAAGUAGUAGGUAGGGGAUGUGAAUGAUCUGACUGACUUGCUCUUAAAACAGCUAUAAAAUAAUUUAAUGUAUACUAACCCACCACUCCUCUCCCAUCUUUUUUUUUUUUUUUUUUUGAUUUGGUUUUUCCGAGACAGUGUUUCUCUGUAUAGCCCUGGCUGUCCUGGAAUUCACUAUGUAGACCAGGCUGGCCUUGAACUCAGAAAUCCACCUACCUCUGCCUCCCAGAGUGCUGGGAUUACAGGCAUGUGCCACCACUGCCCAGCUCUCUCCCAUCUUUUUCUUUUACACUCAACCCAUAUCUCCACCCCUCCCAACUCCUCAUUCUUUCUUGCCUUUAAAAAGAGAAUAACCUUAGUCUUACAGUUAUAUUGCUAUGAUGUUAAUAAUGCCCAAAAGUUGGGGGAUAAAGUGGGCUGUCCACAUCCUAGUCCAUCACUGAAGGCUGCGGGGGAGGAACCUGAGAAACAAGUUGAUACAGAGACCAUGGAGGAGCGCUGCUCUCUGGCUUGCCCUCAUGGCUUGCUCAGCCUGCUUUCUUGUAGAAUCCAGGACCAUCAGAGGGGUGGCACUGUGCACAGUGGUCUUCUCCCCCCACCCCCCAUCACUGAUUAAGAAAAUGCCCUGCAGGCUUGCCUACAGCCAUUGCUUAUGGAGAUAUUUUCUCAAUUGAGGUUCCCUUUUCUCAGAUGACUAUAUAGCUUGUGUUAAGUUGACAUAAAACUAGCCAGCACACCCACCAUGGCUAAUUUGUGCUGCCCAUAUACUCACAGGUGUGGGAUAUCCAUUGGAACAAGGUCAAGCCUGCCAGGAACCACGCUCUUAAACUGAGUUCUCUUCCCCAGAACCAUCAACUGUUAUUCGCUCCUCGGUCCUGGAAUGUUGACCCCCUUGUUCUCACGGUUGCUGUGAGUCUAUGAAUCCAAUGGCCCUGUCUUGUCCAGAAGGUGCUGUUUUGCCCCGUACGCCCCACCCCACCUCCUGUUGUUAUAAUCUCUGCUCUGUAUUCAGCACUGGCAGCUAUAAGAUCUAUAAAUCUUGUAGAAUUUCCCUGUCUUAAUCAGUGACCCAAUUAUCCUAAAAUUGCUUUAUUUCCCAAGUGAAAGCGUGCGUUUGGGGUGGGAGGUCUGCCCUCUCUUCUCCGCUUCCUAAAGCUAUGGUACCAUUGCUGGGGCUUGCCCUCACCCUACUCUCCCCAGUGCUGUCUCACAGUGACUGGGACAGAUCUGUCACGGACAUAAUAUAGACAUCUUGCUUAGCCACUGCGUAGUUUAGAGGCAACAUUUCCAAUGAAAGAGACAUAAAGUGAACCUAAAACUUCUUCAGAACAUGUCUUGGGACCCCCCACGCCCCCCAUAGUCCAGCUAACUGGAGGCCAGGGACAUUUUGGACCAGUUGAUUGGCUGUACCCUGUGCACCAUCAGAGGAUUGAGAAUUCCUGGCCACUUCACAGGUCUCCCAGCUCAUUGCCCUGGGUUGUGCAAGGUUCAACCUUAGUUGAAAAUGGCUACCCUUUCUCUUACUAAGUCACAUUAGCAUAUUGAUAACCAGUUUUUCUCCAAUCCGUGACCCUCCCCCUCCCUACCCCACCCUACCCCCCAGUUUUUUAAGGUCAGGGAGAACCAAGUGGCAGGAUUCUUCAGUAGCAUCUUUUCUUCUGUUAGAGGCUUCUCCUGCACAGCCACCAUCUCUUUCCUGCUGCUCUUUCUCUCCUGUCAGGGGAAAGCUGGGGACUGCUAACUAGCAGCCUCCCUAUGGCCAUCUUACUCCUACUUAAAGAACAUUUCUGAUUUGACUUACAGCCUACUCUUUCCCCGGGCUUAAAAAGAGAACACCCUCUCCCCCACCUGGUUCUUUCUCACACACACCCCCCCCCCAGGCUCCUCCUCCUCCUUUUCGGUAUAGGGUUUAUCUUUUCUACUCUGCUUCUGCUGUCUGCCUCAUGCCCCGUGCUAUCUGUUGUAUCUCUUCCAUCUUUAGGGAUGGAGCGAACUAGUCUGGAUCUGUUCCAGAAGGUGCCUCGUUCUCAAACUAAAAGAGAGCAUGGUCCAUUCCCCUUCAUCUUGAAGGGAUGAGAGGUGCCUGGUCCAGUCUCUCAGCUAUUUAGUCACAGGACAAGGGUGAGGGCUUCUCUUUCAUUCAUCUUCAGCCUCUCCUGGGUGGAAGCCGGCUUCCUUUGGUGCUCUGUGCUUAAAUGACCCCUGAGAAUGCAUGGACAGAGUCAGCUCAGAUCCCCUAUAGCUGUCUGGGGACCAUAAGUAGAUGGCUAGGCUGAUGCGCCUUUUGUUUCCUCAGAAGAUAAUUCUCCAGCCACAGGCUUUGAGUCAAAUUUCUAUUUACCACACAUCCCAGCAGCAAAGUCCUGCCCACACACCAGCCAAAAGAAAACCCUCAGUGUUAAAAUCCUUCAGAGGACAUUGAGAUCCAGAUCUUCAGACUUCAGUACCGCAGUGGCGUUAGCCAUCCUUUUUAUACAACCAUGUAUUAUUGAAGUCACCUGACGGUCAGUUGUACAAACCGGGUACCUGUAAUUUGUAUAAUUUUGUAUUUGCUCUGGCGUACCAUGCUUGUCCUAAGGAAGGGUAGGAAACCUGUGUGUUGGCAUCCUCACCUGUAACAUUAGGAGGAGGAUGUUUGAGUUGCUGGCCUCUUCUAUGUUGAUGUUUCUGUGGCUAAGUCCUGCACGUGUCAUUCCUGAAAAGCCUUAAAUCUUAAGAGAAGUCACGUCGCAGGGUAUCAGUGUGACAGGCUGCCUGGGAACCAUGAGCCCUUUUGUAAGCUGGAAGCGUUUCUCUUACUACUGUUACUUUUCAUAGUUUUCAGUUCACAGCUGCCAAAGCCUCCCAGUAAAGCAGUGCCUUAGUAAUACCUUGUAGCCGCCAGCCUUUUCUCAACCUGUUCUGGGUGUCCACUUGCUAAUUGGCCCCAUAUCAGAAGCAGGACAAGCCAAAAUCAUUCUCAUUUGUGUUUCAAAAGCCCGUUUUUAAUUCCAGUUCUAUAGGAAGCUGAUGACUUGGUUUCAGACAACCUGAAUCAGAACCCAAGUCGAUUCUUUGACCAUGCUCUCACGUUCGUAUCCAUACCAAAACUAAAGGCUGCAGCGCUGCAGCUUACUAUGAAGAGCGAAUUGUACUUUUCAUUGAUGCCUUUUUCAAUCCAUGACCAAAUACUUAGCUAUUUGUGAAUCUUCUGCACUCCAGCUUGAAAGUGCCUUUGGCUCGAGAUUCCAGCUUAGAAAGUGCCACCAUAAUAACGACAAUUUGUAGAGAGACCAAAAAUAUUUUGAGAUCACCAUAAUGCCUUUGGUUAACUGGGAUGAGUAACCAACCGCAGGCUUGUAUUCUUGAGAGCACCAAGCACCGUGUGGUCCCUGCCUCCUGUGAGUCUGCUGCCAGUGGGGAGCCCCACCACCGCUGUCCUGCACGGCACAGUGUGGCAGUGGCGAGCCCUGCAAACUGUUGUGUCUGUGUGUGCCACCUCUCCCCGGCAUGUCCACCAGCUCGUCACCCAGCGUCCCUGGGAAGGAACUUACGCACAAGCACCCGACUCCCCGGCCAGUGGGUGGACACCAUGGCUCUGCCUUCCCCCGUGUCCAUGUCCAGACUGUAGAGACUCUCGUCCACUGGAACGACAGUGCGCACUUGCCUGCCUACAUGUUUGGUUGUUGGAAGCCUCGCAUUGAGAUGACAGUGCAGAACAAAAAUUAAAAAUGGGUUCGUUAGGGUCAUUGCAGUUGAAGUGUCUGGGCAGUUUUGCCGGCUCCAGAUAUCCAAAUGUGCUGUGAGAGACUUGUGAAGAGCACACGAUUUGCAAUCCGGCAUUUUCAAGGAUGUUCGAGUCCUCAACCGACUCUUUAAAGUGUGUGUCAGUUUAGAGUAAAACUUUUUUGCAUCUGGAAACCCCAUACCGUAAGGAGAAAGAACAAAGGAGGCAAAAAGAAGCCAGGAAAAAAAAUAGUUGUUGUUUUUUGUUUUUUUCUUUUUCUUCCUUUGCUGAUGUAAGUGUAAAAGUAAUGACAGACAACUCUGAAAGUUAGCCUCAAAGCUCUACCACGCAGUUCUCUCGCUCCCUCCCUGGUGUCUAAGGAAUAGCCGCUCCGGCUCCCAAAUUGCCCGAGUGAUUUGUAUCCAACUCCAAGUUGUGAGUAUGUAUAAAAGUCCAGUUUUUUUUGUUUUGUUUUGUUUGACAACUAUCAAAUGAAAAGGAUAAUUUCUCAGCACAGGUUAGAGUUAGUAGUUUGCUGUCUUGUACUCCUCCCUGGCAGGGACACACCACAACUUGAAGAACUUAGUCAAAUGUGUGUUCUCUUGUGCCUCUUUCUAGCCAUCGCUGUCCUGUUUGCAGUAGUUUUCUCUCCUGAACUCUUCGCCCAUAUCUUUUAAAAUGAAGGUUUUUGUAUUUUAAAUUUACUGUGUUGCAAAGGGUAGGCCCCACUGAAGUCACGCACCAUUAACUGAGAUGAGAUAUUUGUAUUUAUUGUCCCUUCCUAAGUCGUAGCUUGUUUUCUCUGUGAAUCUGCAUUGGGUCCCAUGUCCCACACUACAUCAUUUUAGAUAAAAGCAGCCUCUGUGUGUGUGUGUGUCCCCCACCCUAUUCAUUCACCACUGUGGGGUCAGGGCCCCCUAGACUCAGCCCUGCUCACCCUGACCCUGGUGGUUUUACCACAGACAUUCUGUCUCUUCUAAGAAAGGCGGUCAGAAUCCACACAUCCAUCAUGUUAGAAAGCCUGUCUAUGAGUUUUGUGUUUUUCUUUUUAAAAUUAAUUGUUUUCUGUGAUUAGUUUCAAUGUGUAAAAACGAUUAUUAACUGCACUUCUUUAAAAAAGAAAAAAAGAUGUACAUCUCCUGUUACCUCCUUGAAAGAUCAACAGCUCUGGGCCUUUUUCAGUGGGCUUAUGACUUCAGACAAGGGGAAAAAAACAGUAAAAACAAAAAUAGUACGUGCCUGAAAAAUGACAAAAAAAAAAUCUUUUUGUAACAUUUAAAAAACCUGAAAAGCCUUUACUUCUUUGAUAUGCUCAAAUUUUAUGUAAAUUGGUUUUUGCCACGUGUGUUCCUUCAGAUUCUAAGCGACUUCAUGGCUUCUCUGUUGUCUCUUGUGUAAAGUGUAUAGGAUGGGCUUGUGGCGUAAGCGUUUCAUCUGGUCAGUGGCUGUUUUGGUCCUGUACUGCUGCUGGGGCUGGGCCGGAACCUGAGCCUCUGGGUGACGGGGUUCCCCUUGGGGAGACUGUGGAGAAGAGGGUGAGGCGGCUCCUUCGUGUUCUCUUAAACUGUUUGCAGAAACUUUCAAAAGGCAUUUGGCCAAACCUCCCGCAGUACAGUGUUCUCGUAUUUGUUAACGUUUGUGUUUAGGUACUGGUACCUUUGUUUAAAAAAAAUGUUCUAAGUGUUGGCUUUAAAGUGAAUUUAUCUUUAGUAUGAUAGUUAUAUGAAAAUUAUAGGGUUUGUGUGCAGAGAAUUUUUUUAUAAAGUGCUUUGUAAAAAAAAAAAAACAAAUGUAUUCUAGCUUUCGCGGUACAUAUGUGUGAUAACUUUAAUACCCAUGACAGUUAAGUGCAAUUAUUUCAUCA